CUCCCCUCCUACUUCCUGUUUCUGCACUGUGGCUGUUGUUGACUUGAGAGGCGGUUGCCUCGAAGCUUCCUCGGCUCUGGACGGGUUGUGAGAUGCCAGGCGGAGGCCGCUGCCCCGACUGCGGCUCCACUGAGCUCGUGGAAGACUCGCACUAUUCGCAGAGCCAGCUGGUGUGCUCCGAAUGCGGCUGCGUGGUCACCGAGGGAGUCCUUACGACCACCUUCAGUGACGAAGGCAACCUCCGAGAAGUAACCUAUUCCCGAAGCACAGGGGAAAACGAACAAGUUAGUCGCAGCCAGCAACGAGGUCUCCGCCGAGUGAGAGACCUCUGUCGAGUUCUGCAGCUGCCACCAACAUUUGAAGACACAGCAGUUGCCUACUACCAACAGGCCUACCGGCACUCUGGCAUCCGAGCUGCCAGGCUGCAGAAGAAGGAGGUGUUGGUGGGGUGCUGUGUCUUAAUUACCUGCCGGCAGCGUAACUGGCCCCUGACCAUGGGAACCAUCUGCACCCUGCUCUAUGCAGAUUUGGAUGUAUUUUCUGGCACCUACAUGCAGAUAGUGAAACUCCUGGGACUGGAUGUGCCGUCUCUGUGCUUGGUAGACCUGGUGAAGACCUACUGUAGCAGCUUCAAACUGUUUCAAGCCUCCCCAUCUGUGCCAGCCAAGUACGUGGAAGACAAAGAGAAGAUGCUGUCUCGAACGCUGCAGUUGGUGGAGCUGGCGGAUGAGACGUGGCUGGUGACCGGGCGGCAUCCCUUGCCUGUCAUCACCGCCGCUACUUUCCUGGCUUGGCAGUCGCUGCAGCCUUCAGAUCGGCUGACGUGUUCCCUUGCCCGGUUUUGUAAAUUGGCGAACGUGGACCUGCCCUACCCUGCUUCCUCCCGCCUGCAGGAGCUGCUGGCCGUGCUGCUGCGGAUGGCGGAGCAGCUGGCCUGGUUGCAGGUUCUGAAGCUUGACAAACGGUCUGUGGUGAAGCACAUUGGUGACCUUCUCCAGCAUCGCCACACAUUGGUCCGGAAGGCUUUUCGAGAUGGAACGGCAGGGACAGACAUUGGGGAGAAGGAGCUACAGGGCCGGGGCCAGGGGCAGGGACAGGGAACAGAGGCGGUGGAGGGUAGCUCCUUAGAUUUGCCUGAGGGGAAGCGGCCAGCAAGCCCUGCUCUCCUCCUCCCACCCUGCAUGUUGAAGCCCCCAAAGCGGAUCUGUCCCACCCCGCCUGUGUCCACAGUCACCGGAGAUGAGAACAUUUCUGAUAGUGAAAUCGAACAGUAUUUGCGUACCCCUCAGGAAGUCAGGGACUUCCAGAGAGCCCAAGCUGCUAGGCAGGCUGCCACGAGUGUUCCUAACCCUCCCUGAUGCACAUCCGGGGUGAUGGGCGCAUCACCCUUCUGAUAGCAGCCUGAUAACAGGCCCAACAUGUCUAGAGAAAUCAGUGUAUACAAGUCCUUAAAUAUUGCUGUUCUUGUUUAAAGGACCCCAGAGAGGCUCUGCAGUUACUGGGAGCCCAGGUGCUGGAGUAGAAGUCAGAAGGAAGGCAGGGACGCUGGGUCAGAGAGAGUCCCAUCCCCUGGUCCCAGAAAGUGGGUUGUCUGUGUUCCUAUUCUGUGGGCUGGCUUUCCUCUGGGACUGUUAGGAGACUGUCAGGCGCUCUCCUACUCCUGGUUCGAAUUGGAUACACUACUGCAGGGCUGAUGGGGCCGAGCAGUUGGCAUUCUCAACGUGUCAGCCCUCAGAGGACAAGAACUGGGCAGCCCUCUGCCCUGCGUCCAUCAGAGGCUUUGGUGAGUUCAUGUGUGUGGUGUCAAGAGAUCCUCUCCCACAUAAUGAAAGGGCCGUGGGUGGAGUAAGGUCAUGGCUCAAAGGGCUUUGCAAAAUUUUAAUAUAUUAAAACAAGAGGCAUCUGCUAGAAAACA